GCAGAUCAGGGCGGCUUGGUGCUUAGCGCUCCUCCUCAGCACUGCGGGGACAUCAUCAAAUUGCAUACCUCGGUGUGUCGGGAAUUUGAUGCACACUUGAACAACCCACGGCUGUCAGAGUUCCGGUCAAAACGUCGGCCUAUCUAUGCACAUCUUCUCACAAUCCUUUACUUUGGUUAGAUCGCCUAUCGUGUCUCCCGGAAAGCCCAUCAAAAUCAGCAACCACAGCAUGAGCUACACCGCCUGUUCCAGCCUCACAAAGGCCGCAAGCGAACCUGUCCUGGCCGGCAGCCUGCUAUACUUGCUGACCCGUGGUCCUCCACACAUACGCGCCAGACUUCUUGCGCCAUUCCAGUCAACACUCCCGGUCUUUACCAACACUCCAAAGGGCGUCGCCAGACUCGUGACCCUGAUCACCAUCCUCAAAAUCCUGACCACUGCAGGUGUCCUUCGUCGCGUCAACCAAGCGCUGAACCGCUUAGCCUGGAACAACUGGUCCCUGUCCCGUAAUGGAGCCGACUGGCAAUUCGGUCCUAGCAAGGAAGAAUUAGUGUUGAUUACAGGUGGGAGUAGUGGGUUUGGGUAUGAGAUGGUGAAGAGUUUCAGCAAGCAUGCGAGAGUGGUGGCUAUCGAUAUCAGUCCAUUCCCGGCAGAGCUCCACGCCCUGCAUGGUGUGAGCUAUUAUCAGUGCGAUAUCACCAACACAGCAGCCUUGGAGGCACUGUGUGAGCAGAUCAAAAUUGAGCACGGGGUUGUGAGCGUACUGAUCAAUAACGCUGGUAUCGGUGUUGGAAAGACAAUUUUGGAGACAAGCAACAUAGAAAGCCAGCGGCUGAUGCAGGUCAACCUCAUGAGCCACUUCGCACUCAUCCGAGCGCUUGUCCCUGACAUGCUGAAGCAGAAGAAAGGCCAUGUCGUGUCCAUCGCCUCAAUGGCAUCUUUCGUCUCUGCACCCGGGUUGAUCGACUACUGCAUCAGCAAAAUCGGCGCCUUGUACCUCACAGAAGGACUGCGCGCCGAAUGUCUCGCGCACUACCCCAACGGACGGUCAAUUUGCACUUCAUCCAUUCACCCAUCGUGGCACCAGACGGGCAUCUUGAAGAAUGCUGGCAAGGAUCUGAUCGACAAGCAUGGCAUCGUGCCUGACCCGCCAACGAGGGUUAGUGAUGUUGUCGUCGAGCAGGUUCUGGCGGGCAGGAGCGGUAGAAUCUGUGUCCCGAAGGAUCAGGAGAGGUACAUGGGGAUCCGGAGCUGGCCAAGAUGGGCGCAGGAUCUAGCAUUUGGUCUGGUGUUUGGCAAGAAGGCGGAGACAUUUGCGGAUUUAAAGGAGCAGCAUGAGGCGACUGGGGGGAAAGUCUAAUCUGGAAGGGUGAAGUCAUCCACUUCUCUCAAUUGCUGAUCCAUGUUCUACACAAAUGCCUGCCUUCGUGACCGUGUCCUGAACGCUUGCCAAUCCUACACUCUAGCUCGCACCUGGAAGCUCCGCAACAAUCUUCCCCAUCGCGCUCCUCUCCUUCAACCUCUCCAUCCACCCCUGCACUGCCAUAUACUUUGAGACAUCAACCUUAUCUCCUAUCAACGCCGUCAUAAGCUGCCACGGCACAAACGCCAAA